CACAUCUGUCAUAUUAAUUAUUAAAGGAAAGAAGAAAAAGUUAAAUCUGAGCCAACUAUAAAGAGACGAACAAGUAAGGAAGUCACAAACUACUACAAAAUCAAACCAAAAGCACACCUAGCAUCUAAAUUCUUAGAUUAUAUACUUUCACCAAGAAAAGAUGGACUUUGUGACUUCAAUGUUCAUGCCUGAUUUAACCGACGAAGAUGGAUUACUGUUUUCUGAUUCUUUUCUUCUUCCGCCGUUAAUAGCAUACCAAAACCAUGAUGUUUGCAAUCAAAUCACAUACAAAAAUGGUGUAAGCAAUAAGAAACGAAGUUUGUGUGAUACAUAUGUCGCAAGUGAAGCCAACAAUGGGGAUGGUGAUCGAGAAAGCAAGAAGAUGAAACACAGAGCCAUUGAAAGGCAAAGAAGAUUUGAAGUUUCAUCUCUUUUCAAAAGUCUAAGAUCUCUUUUGCCACUUCAAUAUAUCCAGGGCAAGCGUUCGACAGCAGAUCACGUUUCUCAAGCAGUUAACUAUAUCAAAGACUUACAAAACAAGAUUAAAAAACUCAAUGAAAAGAAAGAUCGGUUAAAAAAGUCCUUACCGAGUACACUUACCGCUCAUCCAACUGCAGAGGAAUGCACUAGUAGUUUAUCAUCAUCAUUGUCAACAUCGUCAUCGAGAUGCUCAUGUGUAGGGGACAAACACAUUACGGUUAUGGUCAUGCCUUGUUUUGUGGGUAUGGAGAUCAUCAUAAGUUGUUGCCUUGAAAGAAACAAGUCUUGUCUCUCGAUUGCUCUUCAAAUCUUGGCUCAAGAAGAAAGGCUUAGUGUUGUUAGUUGCCUCUCAACUAGGCUGCAACAGAGAUUCGUACACACCAUUGUUUCUCAGGUCGGGAGUGGGAUAAAGAUCAAUAUUUCGGAGCUUAAAGACAAAAUAGUGAAUAUGUAGCCAUAAAGGAAUAUGUAGGCAAACUUUAAUGUAUAUUGUAUUUGUGUUAUUAGUUAUUAAGAUCAUGUUCCUUAAGUAUUACGGUUAAAUUGUUGAGUGCCUAGAGUUAGGGCUUUUUUUUCAAAAUGCUUUCUCUGAUGUUUAAUAUUUUAUGUAUUAAUACUAAUUUGGAAAAAAUUACUUCAUAAAUAAAAGUUGACAAUAAAAAUUAAAGAAAAGUAAUGUUUUUUAUACCCGCAAUAUGAAAGUUUUAGAGAGUAGAGACAAUAAGAGAAUAUGAGUGAGAUGAAGUAACCAGAGAAUUACGAAGAAAAUGAUUAAUUUAACUUAAAGACAUCAGUUACAAGAGCAUGUUUAGAGAUACUAGCAGCUUCUCUUUUUGUAACACUAAAUAUACUAGAAGCUACAAUAAACUAUUAAUAAAAAAAGACAGGGUGAUAGACAUAAGAGACAACUGAGUAGAGAUGAGAUUUGGCUAAUAGAUCUUGAUAAGAGUGUUUCUUUUCUCCGACAACUCUAUUUUCAAAUUUGAAAUGGUCGGCCUUCGCUAACCAUCGCUCUUUACUUGUGAAGGUCAAAGGAACCAUCGCUCUUUACUUGUUAAGGUUAAAGGAAGUCUUCUAGAAGGUGUAAACUGAUUUUUGGUCGAAUUCACUUCUCUUCUUUGCAUUCCAAGUAGUAUACACUCAAAGUUUGGCUAAUUUUAGUGAGUCUGGUGAAGUUUGGUGAAGCCCGGUCAACUCUUUAUUUUUAUUUUUAUAUUUUUUUUCUCUCUUUUAUUCCGACAUUACCCUUUAAUCUUGAGCAUAGGAGAACAUUUGAUAAGUUUGGAUCCAAAAAUAAUUGUCAUAUUAAAAACUUAAAUGUGGAAAACUUCUUUGAGAUAAAACCAUCACUUAGAAAAAAAGAGUGCAAAUACUCUCAACUUAGGGAUUGACCAGUGAUUUCAUGAACCUUAUGAUCAUGCUUGGAGAUUAAUAAACUCUGUAUCAUAGUUUUUUGGGUGACAAAUCAAACGCCACUCUUUCUUACUACACAAUCUUCAAAAUUGGAACUACUUUAAAUUAAACUAUUUUUUACAAAAUAAUUAAAAUAUUUUAUAAAUUCUAAUUAAAUGAUACAUUUGACGUAUAAAAUUUGGAAACUAUUUUAAGCAUCUUAAACAUAGGAGUUUGUUUUAGUUUGGGUAUUUUUAUCAUGGAUAUAUUGGGUGAUAAAUAUAUUUAUAAAAUAAAGCUAAAAAUAUUAGCAAAACAGGUUUUAAUAAUGGUAAGAUAUAAUAUGUAUAGUUCAUUAAAAGUAUAUUUAGGCUUCAAUUGGUGACUCUGUAAAAAAUGAAAUGAAUGAAAAAAAAGUUGAACAAAAUUUCAUUUACUGAAUUGAGUUGAAAAAAAAUUGAAUAAAGAGGAAAAAUAAAAAAGAAGAAUUGAACAAAAAGUAAACAUGAAUGGUAAAAAAAAGAGAUGAACAUGUGUUUCCAUAUUUUAAAGUGAAAUAUAACUAGUAUUAAAAUACACGCAUAAUGAAACCAAGUUUUAAACUUCUAAUACAAGUUAACUCCACGUUUGAAAACUGACAUUUGCUCACCACACAGUAAAACACAAACGAAUAUUAAAACACAAUAAAGAAUUAAGAACUAUAGGCGUCGUGUACCACGUCUAUUUGCACGUCAUAACUGGUCAGCUAUAGAAAUUCACUUUUUCUAAAAGAAAAUAGAGAGCAUAAAUCUAUUACCUCUGCUUCUGCUUUUGUCAAUGAGAUUUUCUAAGGAGGAAGAAUACUUAAGUAUUUAUAGAGUUAGUAGGAUAAUCAUAAUCUAGAAGAUAAGUUCAAACUUUUUUUGUUUUCUUCUUUUGGGGUAUAUGAUGCAGUUAAUUGAUCUUGGAUGACGAUGAGUUAAUACUUUAGUAGUGUCUUGCGCCAUUUUUUUAAUUAUCUAUAUUUUGUUUUUUUUUUUUUUAAUUUUUAAAACUUUAAUUAUUAUUUUCCUCUUGUUCCUCAUCAAGAUUAGAGGAGAGAAUAUUUGUUAAAAAAUUCCCACGUUUAUGAGGAAAACAAAUGAAGAUAGUGGAAAAAAUUUCUUGUGAAUUAUUUUGGAGAAAGCA